ACAGUUUUAACAAAAUUUUCAUUACAGAUAUGUUGAGAUGAGAUGACACUGUCAACUGUUUUCAUUAUGCCAGCAUAACGUGGUUCUCAUCAAUACUUGUCAACAUUCCCGUUUCUAAGUUGAAGGAACAUCUCAAGAUGUCUUAUCAAGAUGACAUGCGAAAGAGACGUGGUGACUCUUCAGAUUUCCAUUCAGUGUCAAUGAGAAUGGAUGCAGCCAAAAGUGAAAAGGGCUCUCAUAAUCAUUCUCAUCAUGACCAUUCGAAUCUCCAUGGAGACUAUGGGAACAUAGCUCUCCUAUAUUUAUUGUAUAUACUUCAAGGCAUUCCCCUGGGACUGGCAGCAAGCAUCCCCAUGAUCUUGGCCAACAGAGGGGUCACUUAUAAGCAGCAAGCAGAAUACAGCUUUGUUUCAUGGCCUUUCAGUAUCAAACUACUCUGGGCUCCUAUUGUGGACUCCCUGUUCUUUGCACGGAUGGGUCGACGGAAGACAUGGUUGGUCCCCACUCAGUAUCUGCUUGGGAUUGGCAUGUUGUUGCUGUCCUAUCAUGUGGAUGACCUUUUGGGCGAAGAUGACAACCCAGAGACGAAGCCUCGUGUGGCUGCCCUGACUGCAGCUUUCUUCUCUCUCAAUUUCCUUGCUGCUACUCAAGAUAUUGCUGUUGAUGGAUGGGCACUCACAAUGCUUAAAAGGGAGAAUGUUGGCUAUGCCUCUACAUGUAACAGUGUUGGCCAGACUACGGGAUACUUCCUUGGAUAUGUAGUUUUUAUGGCCUUGGAAUCAGCUGAAUUCUGCAACACAUACAUUCGUGCUCAGCCUGCUGACAGGGGUAUUAUCACUCUUGCGGGUUUCCUCUACUUCUGGGGAAUAAUAUUUUUUUUUACGACUUCACUGGUGUGGCUCCUGAAGCAUGAGAAAGCUGAUGAUGAAGUACCCAAGGGGGAUGACGUCGACUUAGGAAUCAUUGGAACAUAUAGCAUGCUUAUGAAAAUCAUUAGCCUUCCUGCCAUUCGCAUCAUGGCCCUCUUCCUGCUCACCUGUAAAGUGGGGUUUGCUGCAACAGACAGUGCUACGGGGUUGAAGUUGGUCGAGGCAGGUGUGGCAAAAGAACGGCUGGCUCUAUUGGCUAUCCCUCUUGUCCCACUCCAGAUCCUUCUCCCUCUCUUCAUCAGCAAGUACACUGCAGGCCCGAUGCCUAUGAGCAUCUUCCUGAAAGCUUUUCCUGUCAGGUUGGCAUUUGGGCUGGUGUUCUCAUUCAUUGUGUAUGUGACACCCUGGUUUGAGAUAAAGAGCAUGGAUGGUCAUCACUUCCCAUGGUACUACUAUGCCCUCAUAAUCUUUGUGUAUGCCUUACAUCAGGUAGCAGCUUAUAGCAUGUUUGUAGCAGUGAUGGCAUUUUACGCUCAAGUUAGCGACCCUGCUGUUGGGGGAACAUACAUGACACUAUUGAACACCCUAACAAACCUAGGUGGGAACUGGCCUUCCACCCUCAUGCUGUGGUUCCUUGACAACCUCACAUGGAAAUCCUGCUCUUCCUCUCCUGACAUUGACUGUUAUUCUGAAGCAGGCAAACAGGUGCAGUUUCUUUUAUGCACUUCU